AUGUCCGAGGCGGCCGCGGCCGCGGCCGGUUUCCUCCGCCGGAGCUCGGCGGAGCGGCUGCCACGCACCCCGUCCCGCUGGGACCCCGCGGCCACCCGGCUGGCUGCCCAGCUGGCCCCUUCUAGACCCGUCCCGACGCAAAAUCCCGGGCGACUGGGGCGGUUUGGGAGGACGCCCCUUUGCGACGCCUCCGCUCCGAGGAGAGAGGCCAUGGCAGCCGUGUUCCUGCCCGGGAACCUCCAGGACGAAGCCACUUGCUCCGUGUGCCUGGAGUUCUUCAAGGACCCCGUGUCCAUCGAGUGCGGGCACAACUUCUGCCGGGCGUGCAUCGCCAAGAGCUGGAAGGACCUGGAGAUGGAUUUCCCGUGCCCGCAGUGCCGGGAGGUUUUCCAGCAGAAAAGUUUCCGCCCCAACCGGCAGCUGGCGAACAUGUCCGAGAUCAUCGGCCAGUUCACGCUGCGCGGGGCCAAGGGCGCCGAGGAGGACGGGCUGUGCCCCAAGCACCGCGAGGCCCUGAAGCUCUACUGCAAGGACGACCGCAGGACCAUCUGCGUGGUGUGCGACAGGUCCCGGGAGCACCGGCCCCACGCCGUGGUGCCCGUGGACGAGGCUUCCGAGGAGUACAAGGAGAAAAUCCAGGAGCGCUUGGAUUUCCUGAGGAAGGAGCGGCAGGAACUGCUGGAGUUCAAAGUGAACGACGACAAGAAAACCCAGGAGCUGCUGAAAACCAUCGAGAGCGAGCGGCAGAAGCUGCUCUCGGACUUCGAGCGGCUGCGGCAGUUCCUGCACGACCAGGAGCACGUCCUGCUGGGCCAGCUGGAGAAGAUGGAGAAGAGCAUCUCCAAGAGGCAGAACGAGAACAUCACCGACCUCUCCAAGGAAAUCACGCUCCUCAACAAGCUCAUCACUGAGCUGGAGGAGAAAAUCCAGCAGCCCAUGCUCGAGUUCCUCAAGGAUGUGACGGGGAUCAUAAGCAGGAGCGACGACGUGAAGUGCCACAAGCCCGUCCCCGUCUGCACCGACAUGAAGAUGCACGUCUGCAACUUCUCCCUCAAAACCGUCGUCCUCGAGAAGGUCUUGAAGAAAUUCCGAGAACACCUGCAGGACGAGCUGGGAAGAGGUGAAAAAGAGGACCUGACCCUGGACCCGGACUCGGCCAACCACCUGCUGAUCCUCUCCGCCGAUCUCAAGAGCGUCCGGAUGGGCUGCAGGAAGCAGGAGCUGCCCGACAACCCCAAGCGCUUCGACACCAACUCGCGGGUCUUGGCCACCGCGGGCUUCAAGUCGGGGCGGCACUACUGGGAGGUGGAGGUGGGGCCCUCGGACGGCUGGGCCUUCGGCGUGGCCAAGGAGUCCGUCCGCAGGAAGGGGCUGACGCAGUUCUCCCCCGAGGAGGGGAUCUGGGCCGUGCAGCAGAACGGCGGGCGCUACUGGGCCGUGACGUCGCCCCAGCGCACGCCGCUGUGCCCGGGCCGCAAGCUCAGCCGGGUGCGCGUCUACCUGGACUACGAGGGCGAGGAGGUUUCCUUCUACGACGCCGAGAGCAUGGAGCACAUCUUCACCUUCAACGUGGCCUUCCAGGAGAAGGUGUUCCCCCUCUUUUCCGUCUGUUCCACCGUCACCUACAUCAAGCUGUGCCCCUGAGGUGCCCCCCGGGCCGUGCCCGGCCCCCUGGGCGAGCUCAAAAAGACUCCAAGCCGGCCGCGUCCGGUGGCGCGCGGGGGGCUGAGGGGUGGCCGGUGAGGCGGUCAGGUGAGCACCUCAAGGUGGGUCUUCGGGCCAGGUGGAAACAGAGGGAAGUCCCAGCGGUCGUGGUUGCCACCUUAAAGGAAGGUCGCCAGCUCGAAGGCCGCGGUCAACCAACUCAAAGAUCGUGGCCACCAACCCAAAGGCUGUGGCCACCGGCUUGAACUUGGAAGGGGGUGAGGAGCUCAGCGAGGAGGAACCCUCCAGAAAUGAUCUGUGGCUCCGGCUCUGCCCUCGGAUGGGGGUUUAAGGAUCCGUGGGGAGCUUUGGAGUGGCUCCUCCGCCCCUUCGGAAGCGCCAGUGGCCGGGAGACGGAAUAUUUGUGGGGGGAAAAGGAAUCUUCGGGCGUCCACCCAAAGCAAAGCUCCUCCGUUUGUCCGCAGAGAAGAAAUCCAGCCAGAAAUUUCCCGGCUCCUUCUGCCGCCCGGGGGGAUAAUUGUCCCCCCGAAAAUCCUGCUUUUUGGGGUUUUGUGAGAGUUGUCUGAGCUGUCCACCGGCUCAGCCCUGUCCAGCGCGGAAGAGCCCGCGUGGUUUUUUUUGUCUGCUCUCCUUAUCUGGUUCUCCACCCACAGAAAGACUCCUGAAAAGGUUAAAAGGUGCUUUUUUUUUUUGGUUUUUUUUUUUUGUUUUUCUUUUUUUUUUAAGUGAUGUUUGUCCUGCUGGACCUGAGCAAGACCCACGUUUGUCCCUCUGGUGCUCCCGGUGCCGAGGCUUUUCCUUGGACAAGAUUUUUACAAAAUAUAAUAUAAUCCCUCACGAUUCUCACGCUUUGCGUGGGUUCAGGUGCUGAACCUUGUGUUCCCUCAGGUUCUCAGCAAAAUCACAUUUUUAUCCUCAUUUCUUGGUUGUUUCUUUGUUUUUUUCCCCCCACUGGAAACCCUCGGUCUCUGCCCAGGCGCUGACGCUGAACUCGCAGUUGCUUCAUCCACUUCGGUUUUGCCAA